AUGCGGACAACAAAUGAGAACGCCGGUAUCGACCACCAGCGUCUCUUCGGUGUGGCUGCGCCCCACUUGGCACGAAAUGUAAAGUUCAUGAGCGGGAAGGACGUCGUGGAUGUGUGUGGAGCCUUCGCAGAGUUCCGGUUUAAGCACCACGCACUCCUCGGAGAGGUCUCCCGCUUUCUUCCAGCCAUGGGCCUUUCGGGCCCAGAGGCGGCAGCCCUUCAGGCUUCCUUCCAGCGCCUGGAGUUCGAGGCUCCCUGGUUGUUACGGCUGCGGGAGCUCCGAAAUCUCCACCCAAGGGGAGGGCCCGAGGGGCGUGGCUGA